AUGGCUCGUUUAAUUAAUGAUGAAAUUGUUUGGAUGCCGGAAUUCGAAGAACCCAAAGUAAAACAAAAGACUCAAGCACAACGACAACGUCGAUGGCGACACAAUCAAAGGAAGAGUGCACUCAACAUACAAUUGAGUCAUUUACCAGCAUUUUCAAUGGAUCAAUCAUACGAGUUAACCUUUAUUAAUUCGCUAACGGGAUUCUUUGGAAUACUUCAUUUGAUUGAACUGGCUCAACAGACAACUACUUUCACUAUGGACACAGAACUGGAUGGUUCAUCAUAUCGGCCAGCCUUGAUCCAACUUCAAUUUCAUUCAACAGCACGAAAAGAUGGCAAGAUUACAAUAAUUAUCUUCGAAAUGUUACAUUUGCCUCCAGUGAACUCAGUGCUUUAUCAACAGAUCGAAAGAUUAGUUCAAACUAUCUUUCAUUCUUCAAAAACGUUUCUCGUUUGGGGUGAAGGCGUUGAUGAACUAUCGAGAUUUCAAGUUUAUCCCUUAUUUCAAUCCACGGCAACGUAUGCAUUGCACUUUGCUAAUGUACAAAAAGAAUUCGAACUUUGGUGCAAUGAUCAGCAACGACAAGUAUGGGGUUUGCAAAUGGCAGUUGCUCAAACGUUUGGUCAAUUUCUGGAUAAAUCAUUGACAAGAAGUAAUUGGGGUGUUGGAUUAGAUGUUCGUCUCUAUCAAAAUCUCCGACUGAAUGAACUCAAUUACAACGUCAAAUUAUCGUUAACUGAAGUAGAAGAUCAAAUUCGCUUGAAAUUAAUCAAAUACGCUGUCGAUGAUUGCUUUGCCACCACCAAGUUGGCAGUAGCUAUAGGAUUGUGA